AAAUUUCUCAUUCAAUCCACAAAGCCGAACUCAACCUCAACCAUUGUUUGCCCUCUCACCUUAUCCAUUUAUUAAUUCAUUUUUCUUUCACAGUACUGCGAAAAUGUUCCAUUGCUAUUGUAACUAAGAAACUCUAUCAGAUAAGAUCAUCACAGAAACAACCAUUCUACUACACUCAAAUCCCCUGCAAGCAAAAUAUCCUCAGUUCAACAAACCACACACAAAAUAUCACAGAUGUCACUCCUCCAACUCCAAUUCACUUCUCAAGCAUUCCCUCCUUCUUCCCACAACUUCAGGCCCAACAACAUACCUCUUUAUGCCUCUAAGCGUGUUUCCUUUGUAAGAACCAAAAUCAGAGCUGUCAGCACAGUCCCUGAGAAGGACUCAGAUUCAGACACCGACACAGUAUUAGACAUCGAAGACCCCAACAAGCCACCUUAUGUUGGCUUUGUAUUUGUUAGUUCUGUGCUACUGCCAGAUGGAACACCAGACGUGCACUUUCGUUCUGCUUGUGGCGGCCAGAAGCUCAGGAAGAUAAUGAUGGAUUCUAACAUUGAGCUCUAUGGACCCUAUGCCAGAGCUCUGUUAAAUUGUGCAGGAGGUGGAACUUGUGGCACAUGUAUGGUGGAGGUUCUUGAAGGUCAGGAGCUUCUAAACCCUCGCACUGAUAAAGAGAAAAAGUUACUGAAGAAGAAACCAAAGAACUGGAGAUUAGCAUGUCAAACAGUUGUUGGUGAACCAGAUACGAGAGGAGCGCUUGUGAUUCAACAACUUCCAGAGUGGAAAGGGCAUGAAUGGAGAUACACAAAGCGUGGGGAGCCCAGCUGGGAUUCAGAAGAGUCUCUGUGAAGCCCAAAACCAUAUAAUAAUAAUAUAAAUUCAAUUCUUCCUAGUUA